CGAAGAUGACGUAUGCGCAGUGACGUCAUCAGCGAGCGCCCUCAGUUUGACGCCUGUAUCCUCGAUUGUGGCUAGACAAAAAUCUUUCCAUCCCAGUAACGAGUUCUUGGGAAGACAGAAGACACAACGCGCCUUACUUGGUGGAGAAGACCAAUAGGGAAGGGUGGAUCGGAGUGUGAAGUGGAGUCUUGGGGAUGGGGUUAAAGUGCCAAAGGAGGACGUCAUGGUUCACAGCAACUCUGCUUCCCCAAUGAAAACAACAUCUAUUUCAGCUAAUAUAUCUGAGGCAGCACCUCCUGAGCAAGAAACACCACCUUUAGUGCUGCCUCUGAAAGAUACUGACAAGGACCUCUCUCAUAACGCAGCUAAGCUUGCCUCAGAUGGGUUAGAUGUUACCUCCAUUACAGAUGUCUCCCAGCCCUCUACUCGGACUCCUGAGGAUAAUGAGCCCUCGGUUGUAACCCCACUAAUAGCACUCAAAGGUCAUUCGAGUCCAGCAUCGGACCCAUCUUUUACACAGUCAACAACUCCCACUCAGGGCACAGUCAAUGGCCGCACAUCAGGCAGAAAGAGGGUCCCGAAGGCCUGUGACUGUUGUGGCUCCAAUAGCAAAGGGCACACUAUCACACCUCCUGGCAGAGGGAGAGGGAGGGGAAGGGGGCGAGGCAGAGGAAGGGGAGCUGGAAGGAACGACCCAGACAACCCAAAAAGGAAAGGAGAGGAGAGUCAGAUGAGAAUUAAAGACUUUGACCUGAUAGAGGAAGAAUUAGGGGAAGCAGAGGUUCAAAAUGACAAAUAUGGUCACGUUAAAAUAUCAAAUACACAGUGUGAGCCUGCUGCUCCUUCAAAUGUCAGUGUCAGUCGCCUGGGUGUCCCAGCGACAAACUGUUUGGUCCUGAAGAAGGAGAACAUGUUGACAGUAAUUUCAGCCGUAGCUGAAACAGAGCGGAAAAGGGUUGGGGAAGUCUUGGACAUUGGACAGUUGCGUUUCCCAGGAAUGACUGACAGAGGUAAGGUGUUUGUAAGAGGGAGAGGUAAACGGGGCAGGGGAAGGAUGGCAGGUCCAUUAGCAUCAAAAGAAGAAGUGAUAAUCAAACAAGGUGUUGAAGAUGAGGUUAUCAUCAAUUCUCAAGAGGCCCACGCUCCAUCAGAGUUGACAUUGCAUGAAGAGCAGAUGAGCAGUACAUCGGAUAUAUCACUGAUAGGAAAUGGAGAUGAAAUAAGCUUGUCUGAAUCAGAAGCUGAAGCGGAGUCACUUGAGGACAUAACCCACAUGACUGAACCAGGAAAUGCAACACUUUCCUCAUCAGGAGAAUCAGCCUCUCCUUCAGGGCCAGGAAGUCUUCCCAACCACGACUCAGAGAUGCAGGUAGAGCUGGAUGCUGAGAGGGCGGACCUUUUGUCCGUAUGUUUAUCACCAACUCUGUCCAACGGAAACGCCACGUCACCCACAGACCACGACCACACAUCCACACCCAUGGACACGGACACUGCAAAUUCAGCUGUGGUUUCUUCAUACCAUGGUCCUAUUGCAGUGUGCAGCAGUGUACACAACUAUGCACUAAGAGACCACAGGUUAUACUGUCAGACUGGAACCUGGGAGAAAGCGGAAGAACUCAGAAAGGAUCUGACAGAGGAACCAAAUGCACAAGAAGCAGAUGGUGAUGACCUGGAACGGCUUAUUCAUUUGGUCCAUGAGUUUCUGGAGAGCUUCUACAUAAAAUAUGGCAGUUUUAUUCCUCUUAGUGAGACCGAUGUCCUGGAUUACCUGAAGAAGAACUGCGACUGUGAUGACAUCAGCAACAAGGCACUAAACAUCCAGGGAGAGAUGAAGCGGUACAGGGCAGCACUCGCCUCUGCUCCUGUUGCUGGCUUCAUGGUCAUGUACAACAAACACACUCUGCGCCUGGAAGACCUUAGCACGCUGGAGGAACAGAAUUGGAUAAAUGACCAGAUUAUCAACACAUAUGGAGAAUUGAUUAUGGAGGCAACACAGCACAAUGUUCAUUUUUUCAACAGUUUCUUCCAUAAGCAGUUGGUUGCAAAGGGUUAUGAAGGCGUAAAGAGAUGGACCAAAAAAGUGGAUUUGUUCUCCAAAUGGCUGCUGCUCUUUCCCAUACACUUAGAAAUCCAUUGGUCUCUUGUCACUGUCACCAUGGCAACCAAGACCAUCAAUUACUUUGACAGCCAAGGCAUCGUCUUCCGACACACCACAGACAACAUAAUGAAGUAUCUUCAGUCAGAAGCCCAAGAGAAGAAGCAGGCUGAUUUCCUCAAAGGCUGGAAGAUUGCGAUCAUCAAGGGUAUUCCUCAGCAGAAAAAUGACAGUGACUGUGGCGUUUUUGUCCUUGAGUAUUGCCGUUGUCUCUCGGUGAAGCAGCCUCUGCUGUUCAGUCAGGAGGACAUGCCUCGCAUUCGCAAACGAAUCUACAAGGAGCUGUGUGACCGACGCAUCAACUCUUAAAUGACUGAAGAAUGGCUGCCUCAGCGCUUUCCUGA